AACUCUCUUCUGAAAAAGCCUGACCUUCAUGUCUCCUUUCCUCUCUAUAUUAUAAGCUCUCCUGUUUGUAUUAUUAUUCUCCAUUAAUUUUAAAAUUUAUUCAAAGUAAUAUAAGAAAAUCUGAUUUUUUUUUUUUUUUUAUAAAUAUUAUUGCAUGAAGAGGAAUUAAAGAAAACUUGCAUGCGCUGACGACUACAAUAUUAGAUUUAAACCCACUAUUUUUAUCCUUAUUCCAAGAAUACCCAUUAAAUAAAUAAAUAUAACGGAAGGUUAAAAAAAAAAAUAAUAAUAAUAAAAAGAGCUUGAAAUAUGUUUAAUGACAAAAAUAUGUUGCAAGUAAAUAGUAUUAGAAGUAACUUUUAAGGGUAAAAUUGUCAUUUUACGUUAAAGUAAACAGUACCGAGAGUGUUUCUUUAAAACUUCCUAAAAAAAAAAAAAAAAAAACCCCUUCAAAGUUGAACCGAUAGGCCUAUAAAUACAGACCCUCUUCUCCUCCAUUCCUCACCAAAACCUCACUUACUCAUAUUACUACUCCUCUGAACUCCCAAGUACUUAGCCAAAAAGCGGCUUUUCUAGUCUGAUAUCUAUACAUUCCUUCACUUCACUUCAACCCAAACCCUAACCUCCUCAACAAUUUAAGCUAGCACAAUGCACUACCAGGCCGAGUCAUGGGGCUCCUACAUGCCUACAGGAACCUCCAUGGGCAUGGAGGACCCUCUGGAGCGCAUAGAGCGGAUGGCGUCGGAGAGCGCGGUGGUGAUAUUCAGUAUAAGCAGCUGCUGCAUGUGCCACGCCAUCAAGCGCCUCUUCUGCGGCAUGGGCGUCAACCCUACUGUGUACGAGCUGGACGAGGACCCCAGAGGUAAGGACUUGGAGAGGGCGUUGAUGAGGCUGCUUGGGACCUCCUCCGCCGUCCCCGUCGUCUUCAUCGGUGGAAAACUCAUCGGCGCAAUGGACAGAGUCAUGGCCUCUCAUAUCAACGGCACUCUUGUUCCUCUUCUCAAAGAGGCCGGAGCUCUCUGGCUCUGAGAUUGUUCGUUCUCUUCUGUCUUGAAAUUGUUUUUGUUGUAAGAAAGAAGGGAAAACAAAAUCAUGAUUUGUACUGCUACUUAAUUAAUUACAUAAGGGCAGGCAGGCAGAGGAAGAGGAGUGGCUUUUGUGAGUCCACCUCCGUUUUGGACACUAAUUAAUCACUAAUGUCACUUAAUUAGAUAGUUAAUUGUUCAUCUGGGUUUUGCUUUUUCUUUUCUCGAGUGUGUUGGACUGUCUUCGGGCUUUUACUGUGGGCCUUCAGAGAUGUGUAAUUGCUCCCUCCUCUGUAUACAAAAAAAUGGG